GCUGCCUCCCAUCGUCUCCUCGUACAUCCGUACAGUCGUCCGUCGAGUUUAAUCAUCGGCAGCGAUGCGAUCGUCGUCCAACACCCGACACGCCACCGCGCCUUUUUCUUUUCUCCAACUUCGAUCCGUUCAAUCUGCCGCGGCGCGCAUAAAUAUUUCCUUCCGCUUCCGAUGUUUGAGUAGCAGAGUUGAGAAGUAGAGGUGUGUGUGCCGGUUCCAGCCGCGUUUUCCACAUUUCUGCCUUCAACGUCAUCGUCAACGUCGAAUUUCGAAUAUCGAUCGAUUUCGUUUCCCGUCGAAUCGACCGAAUCCUUUUGCUCACUGGGAACAAGGUAUCGCGUUUAACAAUACGCCGAGGAAAUAUCUUACGAUAUUAUAAUAAUAAUAAAAAGAAACAUACACGAGAACGAAAUAAAAAUAUACAUUGCUAUUUGUUUAUAGAAAUAGAACGUAUAUACGUGAUGCCACGAAUUAUCUUAAUUUGCAACUUUGCCUUAUAUUCGCUCGCUUAUAUUUUUUGAAAAUACGACUAAACUUUACGUACGUAUCGAAUAGAAGUAAUUUAUCAAGAUUAGUGUACUUUGUAUUUUUACGUUAAAAAGCAUAGAUAUUUACAUAUAUUUACGCGACAAGCUACGAAAAUUAUUAGUGUAAUUGUAAUUGAUAAUGUUAUUGAUCGCUCGACCACGAUACAUGUGCACUGCCCGAGCGAGUGGACGUAAUAAUUAAAAACGAAUCGAUCCCUUUUACAAAACGACAGUAUUUAUAAAAAAGAUUUAAAAAAAAAAAAAAAAAAGAAAAAAAAAGAAAGAAAGAAAUAUCGUUUUAUAUAAAUUUUUUUUACCAAAGUUUCGCGAUUGGGACCAAUGUUCGCCUUGAGUGAUAUCCGUCUACCACGAAAAGAUAAAUAUAAAGUAUAAACGUAACGAAGAAUGUGGAACAUCGAAUGUAGAUAUAGGAGCGAAAGGUUGGUGAAAAGUGAGGAAGUGAGUUGCGUUCGAACGAAUGAAAGUUGGCCGUAGUCGGAUGAAAAUCUCUCGAUCCGUUGACACGAAUGAAAGGGAAGAAGAGGACAAAAGUGGAUCGUUGUUGAAAAGCGUCGAAAUCAAGGUGGAAGAAUGUGAUUCGCGUGGAGCGAAGGAGGAAGGGUGUACGUUCCGCUCGAAAGUGGACGCGGUGCGAGGUUACCGGAUAAAAAGGGAGGCGGAGGGGGAAGAGGAGGAAGGAAAAUGCCAGGGGGAACUUCGACGCGAGAAAGCAGCGAGGCGAUCCGGAUGGAGCCUUUGGGUAGAACCUCGAGUUCGCGAAGUCCCGGCCAAAACGGGACUGCCAACACCACCACCGAGGUCCCGAUAAAUUCAGGAGACAGUAACACAGGAUUGCACAAACGUAGUAUUUACGAGCAUAAUGGAAUUGUGUGUUCUCAAAAAAGGGCUCUCUGCAUAGCUACCGUUGUUUUUGCGAUCCUUUUCGCCAUAUCACUCAUCAUUGCCUUCGCGGGACCACAAAACGACUGCCCUUGCGCUGGAGAGAAGCCAGCCAGCGUGGAUAUCGAGGACGAUAAAAAAAGCAGCGAGCCUCUUGCGACUAAUGGAGAGGUGUUCCCUUGGAAUAACGUGAGAUUACCUACGUUUGCGCAUCCUACCAGGUACAAUAUCACCAUCCAUCCAAAUCUUACAACGUUAGAGGUAAAAGGACAGGUCACGAUCGAAUUCUACGUCGAUAGAGAGACCAACUAUAUCGUCUUCCAUAGUAAAAAUUUGACAAUAAACGAGAAAAUGAUUCAAGACCGUAAAGGGCACAGAUUAAAAAUUUCGAGAUUGCUGGAAUAUCCGAAACACCAACAAUUAUAUUUAGAAUUGGAAGAGAGUAAAUUUCGAAAGAGAGGAAAUUACACGGUACAUUUGAGGUUCAUUUCGAAACUCAGCAGCGAACUGGAGGGAUUUUAUCUUAGCAGCUACGUUACCCCGGAAGGAGAAAAGAGGUACCUCGCGACAACCCAUUUCGAACCUACGUACGCACGCUCGGCAUUUCCAUGCUUCGACGAACCGCAAUUUAAAGCAAAGUUCAAGGUUUCGAUAUUCAGAGACAGAUUUCACAUCGCGUUGUGCAACAUGCCUGUAAUGAACACCGAGGACGCGGGAUUUUACAUGGGCACGGGACUCCUUCGCGACGACUUCCAAGAAUCCGUAGAGAUGUCCACGUAUUUGGUGGCGUUCGUAGUGUGCGAUUUCAAACGAGUCUCGGAAUUAACGAAAAGAAAUAUUUCCGUGAGCGUUUACGCGUCAGAGGCGAUGCUUCCACAGGCGAGAUACGCGGUGACAACAGCCGCUCGUAUAAUGGAUUACUUCGAGUCUUUUUUCGGGGUACAUUAUCCGUUGCCUAAACAAGAUCUAAUAGCUAUCCCCGAUUUUGCCACCGGGGCGAUGGAAAACUGGGGCCUGAUCACGUAUCGGGAGACAUCGAUACUUUACGAUCCGGAAGAGUCGUCGACCAACGUUCACGAAUGGAUCGGUACGAUCGUGGCUCACGAAUUGGCCCAUCAAUGGUUCGGUAAUCUGGUCACUAUGAAAUGGUGGAACGACUUGUGGUUGAACGAGGGGGCGGCCAGUUUCUUCGAGUACAAGGGGGUGAAUCACAUUUCACCCGAGUGGAGCAUGAUGGACAAGUUUAUAUUAGAGAAAACGCAAUCGGCUCUAGAUCUCGACGCGUUGGCCACCAGUCAUCCUAUAAGCGUCCAGGUCAAAGAUCCGAACGAGAUCGAAGCGAUAUUCGACGAUAUCAGUUACAGUAAGGGUGCUUCCAUUCUAAACAUGCUUGAAGGCUUUUUAUGCGAAGACGUUCUCAAAAGCGGAUUGAACGAUUAUCUGAAUUCGCACGCGUAUGGAAAUGCAGAUACGAACGAUCUUUGGGCGGCCUUUACCAAACAUGCCAAUAAUACUUUUGACGUGAAAGCUAUUAUGGACACGUGGACGCAGCAAAUGGGUUUUCCUCUGAUCACGAUUACGCGUAACGGGAAUACAAUCACGGCUACUCAGAAGAGAUUUUUAAUUUCGCCGAAAGAGAACGAUACGGAAUCGCAACGAACGAAAUCGUCGUUUGACUACAAAUGGUAUAUCCCGUUGAGCUACUACACGGACAAAGAACCGCGCAAACUUCACAACGUGUGGAUGAAUUUAACCGACGCGACGUUCGAGAUACCUAGCGACGUGGAAUAUAUAAAAUGUAACGUGAAUCAAAGUGGAUUUUAUCGCGUGACUUAUCCGGAAGAGAUGUGGGCGUCGAUCAUCGCUACCUUGUUGAACGAUCACACCAAGUUUAGUCCAGCGGACCGUGCUAAUCUCAUCGACGAUGCGUUCACGUUGUGCGAGGCGGGCGAGUUGAACGCCACCGUUCCCCUUCGAUUGUCCCUUUAUCUUUUGAACGAAAGGGAUUACGCGCCGUGGACCACGGCGCUCAGAUAUCUACAUUCUUGGAAAGAAAGAUUGAGCGAAAGUCCUGGAUACAAAAGAUAUAUCUUAUUUUUUAAAAAACUGUUGACUCCGGUUACGAAAUACGUGGGUUGGUCCGACGAGGGGUCCCAUUUGAAGAAAUUAUUGAGGAUCGCCGUACUUCAAUCGGCUGUGUCCAUAAAAUUGGAAGAUGUGGUAAAGCCAGCCAAAUCCCUUUUCGAAGAUUGGAUGUUGAAAGGUAAACGGAUCGCGCCCAAUAUACGGAAUGUAGUGUACAUCGCAGGAAUCAAGUUUGGCGGUGAAAAGGAGUGGAAUCAUUGUUGGGAAAAUUAUCAAGAGACUCAAGUAUCGAGCGAGAAAUUGAUAAUGUUGGAAGCGUUGGGAGCGAGCACAGAUUCUUGGUUGUUGCAACGUUAUCUUUUACGGUCGUUAGAUCGUGACAUGGUGAAGUCGCAAGACAUGGAAACGGUUAUAAUUUCCGUCGCCACCAAUUCCGACGGUCAAUUUCUCGCGUGGCGUCACCUUAAAGCGUAUUGGCCUCAGAUACACGUUUUACUUGGCAAUGGAUCGUUGAGCGGACUUAUAUCUGUCGUGGUUUCCAACUUUUUCACGGAAUACGACUACCACGAGGUUUCGGAAUUCUUUAAAAAGGUGGACGUCGGAAGCGGUGAACGUGCAUUGGAGCAAAGUCUAGAAACGAUCAAGUUCAAUAUUCAUUGGGUAAAAGAGAAUGCGGAUAUCGUUGAUCGAUGGCUGGUGAAUUAUUUGAACGUUGAGACGAGUUAACCCUUUGUUUACCGGGAAUGGGACAAGAACGAUGCGAGAUCAUCAUCCGUACGUUUCGUAACGAUAUUUGCGUUUCUCGCGAUACGUAUCGACGCGCGAUACCUUGGCGUGAUACGAUAUCUGCGGAAAAGCAAGAUAUGUUCGGCGAGAUAAUCGCCAAAUCGUUUAUUUAUUUCAGUUAGUUAGUUUAUAUUACACGCAUAUAAUUCGCAGAUCAAGAAAAUGUCACCCAUUUCCGUCAUACGCGUCGAAAGAUUAUUUUCGUCGGUUAAAGAUCGAAAUACCAAAGUUUAAUACCCUUAUGGAAAACAAUCUUUCGACGAAUCGAAACGAAGCCGAAUUGUUUACCUAUAGCGUGUGAAACGCAUUAUACACCGAUUUAUACGCACUUUCGAAAGUACUUUAUUUACUAUACACGCGGCGCGUGAAGAUUGGAUUUAUUAUUAUAGGUAUACGUAUAAAAGAAAAAGAUUAUUAUAGAAAAAGGGGCAACGUUGUUCCUAGGGUAGUCGGUAACCCAACGUUUUCCGGGAAGAAAGGGGCUAACGACCUACGCCUAUUAACGUUGAUACUUUGCUAGUCUCCCAAGAUACAUACUUACUUGUACUUUACGAGAAGCGACUCGAAUCAUCUCCAAGUGAUACCUAACCCCCUCUCUCUCUCUCUCUCUCUCUCUCUUUUUUCCCUCUUCCCGAUCCAUCCAUCCAGUGCAGCGAUUCAACGACAUACGAAUGGUAACGAAAUUUCAGAAGAGAAAUGCUAUUUACGUAUUUUAUCGAAUCAAUCGUGUGCUCUGUGUUAAAAGAGUAGCCGUAAUACUAUCGGUAAUAUGGAAUAAUAUUUUGGCCUGUGCUAGUGUAUGUAUGUAUGUAUGUACGUAUGUAUGUAUGUAUGUAUGUAAGAUUUUUAUUCGAUUAACAUUUAUCGCGUAGUACGUUUAAUUACGGAUAAAAUUCCGAAUUGAGGGCAAUUUACGUUCUGUCCAAAGUCCGAGGUAUCUAUUUAAACGAUAUUGCUCGAUUCACGAUAUGGACAUUUUUAAAAUUUCCAGACGAAACAAAUUAAAGUCGAAGAUCGUCUCGAGUCGAAUCGAGAGAAGGCGUCCGACACGCGAUUACUUAAAUUGUUGUAAAAAAUGAAGACUUCGCGUCUUCGAAUGAUCUUAUCGAUUAUGAAACAAAUAUCCGUUGAUUAUUAUUCGUCUAAACAGCGUAUGUAAGUAAGAUAACGUGCCAUUCGUUAGACAUUUGAGAUUUUGUUUGUCCGAAUAAAUUUAGAGAUCGUCUCGAUUCGGGCUUCGUCCGUAAUGUAGCGUACAAGUUACAAAGUUACCAAAGUUACCAAAUUAUAUUUAUUACGCGAUUAUUAUUUUACCGAUAUAAACAUUUUUUGUAGCGAUAAAUGUCAAUUGUACAGUUACGAAAAAUCAACGUUUUACAUUAUACGUAAUAUGAUGGACGACGAUCGUUGAAGAAUCUCCUAGUUUGGAGGAAUCUUGGCUUACCCCUCGCGUCGAAAUAGCGUGACGUAUGUUGUAAAUAAAAGAUCAAGGCGGACGACGUUAAAUUUCAUUUAGGUAAAUGAAACAAAAGAUUGUGGAAACAAUCGGUUAAAUAUAAGUAGCAUAUCAACGUUGAAGAAGAUUUAUAAUCGGCCAAAUCUUUGUCAAGCGGAAAUUCUAGUUUCGUGAAAACGGUAAAUCGACAAAGAAGAUUUAUUUGGCCCCUAAAUAGAAGAACGUAUUAUGAGAGAAUAAUAUGAGAGAAUUAAAUCCUUCGAUAAUUGCGAAAAAAUAGAUGUACCAUGUGUCGUGUAUUUGUAUUGUAAGAAAACGGAACGUUGAAUGCGCGGAAUUAUAUAUAUCUCGCGUGGAGCUGAUCAUUCUCCGUAUGAAGUAGCAUAAUAGAGAAUCGGAUAUUUUAUUAUGAAAAAGUGUAUAAAUUUAUGUAUGUAAUCUUGUGAUGCUUUGUAUGGUAUGUACAUAUUAGCGUAUAAGGGAAUUGUGUGCUCUGUGUGAUCGAGUGUAUCGAAAAAGGUAUUUAGAUGCAUAAAAAAUACGUUGAAUGCCAAAAAUUUCUGCUGGCCUUUAUAAAGAAAAGAGAGAAAAAAAAAAAAGAAAGAGAAAGAAAGAAAGAAAGAAAGAAAAAAUAUUCGUGCGAUUUUGGCAUUGGAUUCUUUAAUCUUGAAAUGCUAACAACGAUCUUGAAUUUGCAUCGAUCUAUCGUUAGAUAUAUCUCCUACGUUCUUCUAAUUGUUAUCUAUCGACAAUAAACGUUAAAUACGAAACGAUGUAAGCAGGGAAAUGUUGGGAGGGGAAAAGGGAUUCCGUUUUAUUCCGUUUCAUUUCUAAUAGAAUUAACGAAUUAUUUAGCAUUUCGAGGUUAAGUCUAAAGCGAAAAAUCUAAAUAAUUAAUUGUACAACGUUAAAUGUAGCGGGAAUAUUUGGACUUACGAUGAGGUGUCGUAUGUAUGAUAUGUAUAGUACGAGUACAAGUAGAUUACACGCGAAACAAAUUAUUAGCUCGAUCGAAAAGGAGAGAAAAAAAAAGAAAGAAAGAAAGAAAGAAAGAACGAAAGAGAGAACUCGAGACACCUUGUAUACGUUUGAAUUUUAUUGGAGAGAAACUAUUUUCUAUGCGUCUCUUACCUUCCACUGUCCGUAUCCAGUGGUCGAUCGAAUAUCGAAUCGUGCGUGUUCUCAUCACUCUCGUUAAACAAUCAAGCACUCGUUAUCGAAAAGAGAAAAAUUCACGUUAUAAUUAGUUGUUUCACGCUAGAGCACAUAAUGAUAGAACACGAUUGAUCUCUACCCGUAAAAUGUAUCGAAAAAACUGCCGACGAUGCUUGCAAUUCCCCGCGAACAAAAAAUACCAUUUUUUUCGAGGUUUAUGCCAUUUUUUUACAUAUUUUCGAUCAGAGUACAACUUACUUCGAAUCCCGACGAGUAACGAUAUUUCUUGUGUAAGUAAUAUCGUCGAUUUUUAUCGGAUUAGGAUUCUCCGGCCGGAAUUAUUAUACGCGCAUGUUUACAUUUAGAAGAAGAAGAGAAGAAGAAGAAGAAGAAGAAGAAUAAGAAAAAGAAGAAAAAAAGAUCGAUGAAAAAUAACGGCUGCAUAAAUCGUUGAUCCCUUUAAGUAGAUUUUGAUACACUCCAACGGCGAAUUAAUGAAUCGACGCACAACUAGAUACCUUACAUGUAAAUAGCAUAUUUUUUCACUAACGGAUAUUCUCUCUUGUUAAAGAUUUAACGAACGAAAUCGCCCCCAUUGAUAUUUGCGAAAGCGUUCGGUUCGCCGGUUCGCCAGUUUCGAAGAUUACGAAGGGAGCACGAACCGAUUGGCCUACUUUACAACAUUCGUAUUAUAGCCGAAAGUAUAUCGUUUAAGAAGAAGUAUUAUGCAGUUUUAUCGACGCUUUCGUUCAACGACGAAAAUCGCACAGAUCGUCAUGUUCCUUUACAAACAGAUUUACGAUUAAUCGUAAGUGUCACACGUCAUGAAAGUCAUGCACGAUUAUUAUGUUUUAACAAUUAUUUUCUUUUAACGUUAUUACAAAGGUCUAACAGUAUUAGAAGAAACCCGUUCUUUAUUGUGGUAUUAAACGCAAAAUUAUAUCGAAUAUACGAUCGAAGUAACAACAUAUAUGUAUGUGUACAUAUACACGCAUAUAUAUAUAUAUUGUUAUGAAACGAUUUAAAUGAAAUCAAAUCAAAUCCACUAGACGCGGAGAAAAACCGAUGCAAAAGUUCUACCGAAAGACUGGACAUCAGAGUAAUCAACAAGAGUACAUACUUAUAUGUAUUUUAUGCAAUCAUGACUCGAUAAUGUUAUGUCUUAAGAGAACGAGGCUGUCUUGCAUCUCAUAUUUAUGAAUGAAUUAUUGAUAUAACUAUAUAUUGUAUACCGUUCUCUACUAUACUGUUGUCAUAGAUAUUUUGUUGUAUAAAAGAAUGCGAGAUAUGUACAAGCAUAC